AUGAAGGGAACAGAUUUCCCAGAGCGACCGUGGUCCAAACUCGGAGCAGACUUCUUCCAAUAUGAAGGCCGACACUACCUGCACAUAAUCUACUACUAUUCGCGCGAUAUCGAAAUAUACUUGGUGAGCAAGAAUGUAACAGCCUGUGAUACAGUAAACAAGAUGAAGAAUGCCUUUAGUCGACAUGGAAUCCCAGAUAUCCUAGUUACCGACAACGGACCACAGUUCGCCUCUGCAGAGUUCAACAAGUUUGCGGCAACAUGGGGAUUCGAUCACAUAACUUCAUCACCUCGGUACGCCCAGUCAAAUGGCGAAUCGGAAGGAGCCGUCGAGACAAUAAAGAACUUUCUGAAGAAGUGCGAUGACGAGUACCUCGCUCUUUUAAGCUACAGAAACACACCGCUUCACAACGGAUAUUCUCCCUCACAGCUAAGUAUGGGUCGCAAACUAAAAACGAGAGUACCGUGCCACCCUGACGAGUUGAAACCUCAACUCCCAGACAAUGAUGUAGUGAGAAGGAAAGAAAGAGAGCACAGAAGACAAAUGCGGGAAGACUAUGACCGCAGACACAGAGUUGCAGAGGGGGAGAAGUUAGCAGAAGGUGAUCGAGUAUGGAUACCAGACCUAAAGACGGAGGGGACGAUAAUCAGGCCACACGAAACCCCACGAUCGGUUGUAAUACAAACACCAAAGGGAUUGCGGAGACGAAACCGUCGACAGGUGAGAAGAGCCUUAGGAAGCCCUCAGCCAACAUACGCUGCUACACAGUACAGGGCCCCUAUACUUCCCGAGAGAUACACGACUCCGGAAGCAAUACAAAGCCAGUCAAGCCCUCUCCCGGUACAACAACCAUCAGUCUCCGAGAAAGAGACCUUCAAUGAAAUGUCUGGACCCACACAAGGAGAUGGGAAUCGAGUACCACAGCCGUGCCCUACUCCAGAGCAGCCAACCCUUAGGCGAUCAGAGAGAGUGCGCCGCAGACCUCGCAGAUACAUUGAAGAAUACUGA